GUGGCCAGAGGAUGUGACGUUCUGUUCGGCGAGAAGAUUGUCCCGGUAUCCGCUAAACUGCGGCUGUUAAUGUUGAUGUUUGGCGCUGGAAGGCGGGGUGGGGAUUAUCGCAAGCAGCGGGAUGGCUGGCUGAGUGAGUGGACGCGGUCUGUCGGCUCAGGGGAUCGUUGAGCAGGGGGCGGCGACGCGACAACAAUCACCCAGCAAUGGACGCGACUCUCGUGCUGUCCGCGAUCAUUUUCACGCUGCUCGCCAUCGUGGUCGCGACGUCGCUGCUCAGGGGCUCGUCGCCCGCGGCGGACUCGGCGAACGCGCGCGGCGCGGCCCGAGGAGCGGCGAAGUCCGAGGCGACGCUGAACGGCUGCGCGGCCGGGCAGAGGAGGAAGGAGGCGGACAACUGGAGCGAGAUAUGCGGGAGCUCGCACGACCACUGGGAUGUAGUGAAAUCUGAGCAGGAACACCCCCUCUUUCACACAGAAGAGGGAGCAGCAGUCGAGUUUUCGUCGUCCACAUCGAGUCUGUCCGUCCCCAGUUUAGAGGCAGACAUGUCCGAGGCCUCGACAGGAAGGGGUCGCAGGUCCUUCAUUGGGCUCUCUGAUACGGAGCUCCUAAAGUGUGCUUUCUCUUAUCCCCAGACCGAAGGAGCCACAGAGAGCCCGGCGGAUAACAUGAAAGUGGAAUCGGAUGCAAAUGAUUCCUUGAAGUAUGUUCCUGGAAAGGCACGGUCGCACCAUUUAGAGGUGAUGAUGUCCAAAGAAGAGCUUGAAGAGGAGCAGAGGGUGCAGCGGGAACAGCUGACCGCCAUCUUCCAGCUGCUGAAAGACAACAAGGAGACAUUUGGGGACAUGUCUGAUGGAGACUUAGAGGAGCAGCUCAGACUCUACUCCAUUUGAGACAUCCCAAGAACCUGAUCUGCUCCAGGACUUAUUCGGGACUCCAAACAUUUCAUUUUUUCCCCCCUUGCAGUAUUCAACACAGCUGCCCGUCCCAACAGCAACUGCUUAUUUUUGUUUUUAACUUGUAUUCCACACAAUCACACACCUGCAUUGAUCAGAUGAUUAUGAAAAUGACCACGGAGCAUUGUUUCUAUUAGUUUCAUGUGUAUAACUUUCGAAUUGCUAAAUAAUAAACCAGAUUAUUGUGUAAAUAUGUGUCUGUUUAUCUGGUCAGUCUGAGUCAAUUCUGGGAAAUCUGCUCCUGUUGAUAUAUAUAUAUUUUUUUGAUUAGCCUGUUUUCUAGAUUAAAGCUUUUAUCUAUGUA